CGGGACCUCAGGGGAAUCCCGAGGAAAGGUGGAACUAGGUUUGGCGUGGGGAGAGCGUUCGCGCCCUCCUAUUUCGGGAAAGAAUAUGGGUUUCCAUAGUUACCUCCGCCGCGCGUGACGUCAUCGUUGAGGGCUAAGAGGGCGUGGUUGGGGGGGGCUCGGGCAUUCCUGCUUGCGGAGAUUACAGGGUCACUGGUGAGAGGAGUGGCCUGACCCAGUCGGGCAAGGCGAGGAAGGGUGGCAUCUGUCUUGGAUCGGCUGCGUUCUGCCAGAAGAAAACUGCCCCACGGUCCGCCUCUGACUCCUGCUUCUCAUGGGAGGAGUAAUCUGCCUUUUCGCAGGAAAAGUGGGGACAUCCCGGCAUCCUCAUGAAAUUUACUCACGCAGUAAAUAUUUAGUAAGUGUUUCCUGUGUAGCGGGGAGGCCGCGAAGCCAAUAUUGAAACCAAUAUCUCGUUCUAGAAUGAGAGAGAAGACAGCAAAUCAGGCAGUUGUAAGACUGUAAAGUGCCUCAAUUUGAGAAACACAAGCAGAGCUCUUUAAACUAAAAAAGGCCUUUCACAGAGCAGAAGUGGGAUUCUGAUCAUACAUUUUAUCUCAGGAUGACAACCGAAUCAAAGAAAGCUGCAGCUCAGAACCUUCAAGAGGAUGAAGGACUUCUGAUAGUGAAGAUUGAAGAGGAAGAUUUUGUCUGGAAGCAGGACACUUGCUUACAGAGAAGUGAUACCCUCAGGCAGGAGCUCUGCCGGCAGCUGUUCAGGCAGUUCUGCUACCAGGAUUCCCCAGGACCCCGCGAGGCACUGAGCCGGCUGCGAGAGCUCUGCUGUCAGUGGCUGAAGCCAGAAACCCACACCAAGGAGCAGAUCCUGGAGCUACUGGUGCUAGAGCAGUUCCUGACCAUCCUGCCAGGGGAUCUACAGGCUUGGGUGCAUGAACGUUACCCAGAGACUGGAGAGGAGGCAGUGACCAUACUGGAAGAUUUAGAGAGAGGCACUGAUGAAGCAGUACUCCAGAUUCCAGUCUGUGGACAUGGACAAGAACUAUUCAGGAGAAAAGUGGCACCCCCUGGACCACCACUUAGUGUCCGGUUCCAGCCAGUGAACACCAAGGUCCUUCAUGGUGCUUCAGAACCCCAACUCCUACUGGACCGUGAUAAUGAGAGUGAAAACUGUGGAUCCAUGCCAAAGCUGGAAAUUUAUGAGAGAAUGGAAUCGCAGAGAAUUAUAUCAGGAAGAAUUUCAGGAUUUGUGUCAGAAGGAUCUGCUGAGCCUCAAGACAUCUGUAAGUCUACAGGCAGGUUAAAGAGACAACAGGAAAAAGAAUCAGGGGAGUCUCAAAAACCAUCAUCAGCUCAGGAUGGAGGUUUUAGUAAAAUCCUCACCCACAAAAAUACACUUACAGGUGAAAUAAUAAGCCAUGAUUGUUGUGAGAGAAGCUUAAAUCUGAACUCAAAUGAAUUUUCACACCAGAAAUCUUGUAAACACAGUACCUAUGACCAAAGUUUCAAAUGGAAUUCAGAUUUUAUUAAGCAUCAAAGAAUUUAUGCUGGAGAAAAAAUUCACCAAUAUGGAAAAUCUCUCAAGAGCCCAAACCUUAUUAAACAUGCAGCAAUUUUCAGUGGAGAGAAAACCCAUCAGUGUAAUGAAUGUGGGAAAGCUUUCAGACACAGCUCAAAGCUUAUUAGGCAUCAGAGAAUCCACACUGGAGAGAGACCUUAUGAAUGUAAUGAGUGUGGGAAAGGCUUUGGGGGGAGCUCAGAUCUUAUUAGACACCAGAGGAUUCACACUGGGGAAAGACCCUUUGAAUGCAAAGAAUGUGGGAGAGCAUUCAGCCUGAACUCACAUCUUAUCCUGCAUCAGAGAAUUCACACCAGAGAGAAACCCUAUGAAUGUAGUGAAUGUGGAAAAACCUUCAGAGUGAGCUCACACCUUAUUCGACACCUGAGAAUCCACACUGGAGAGAAACCCUAUGAAUGCAGUGAGUGUGGGAGAGCCUUCAGUCAGAGCUCACACCUUAGUCAACAUCAGAGAAUUCACAAGAGGGAAAACCUAUUAAUGUAAAGAACUUAAAUUCAUAAGGAAUAGAAAAACGUGAAAAACAUUGAAUAAAAGAUAAAUACUGGGUGAGAUGAA